AUGCAUGGCCCGACCCAACCCGACCCGAUCCGACCCGACCCGGCCCGAGAUAAUCUCUACCAUAUAAUCCCCACACGAAUUCAAGAUCUAACAGAUUUAUUUGAUGAUAAUCGUUAUCGUUUAUUUAUUGUUUUUCUUGUUUCAAAACUUCUUUGUGAAGUUGAUCGACGUCGUUCAAAAUGUGAACAUGAUUGGUAUCGUUUAUAUAUUAAUGUAUCAAAAGAACAUCGAUUACCAACAUUUGAUCUUUUUGCUGAUCUAGUUUGUCUAUUAGCAACACUUACUUACAAUCAUCUUGAUUGUCAAAAUCAAGUUCGACAAAUGAAUAAAAAAAUAGAAAAACUUGAUGAAACAGUUGUUAAUCGUAUUGCUGCUGGAGAAAUUGUUGUACGACCAUGUGCAGCAAUAAAAGAAUUGAUUGAAAAUAGUUUAGAUGCUGGUGCACAUACAAUACAAAUUCAUGUUAAACAAGGUCGAUUAAAAUCAAUUGAAAUUCGCGAUGAUGGUUGUGGAAUAACAUUAACUUCAUUAAGUUAUGCUGGACAUGUUAAAAUUAUUAGUAAAAUAGCUGAAAGUCAAUGUGCUUAUGUUUGUGAAUAUGAAGAUGGAAAAAUUCGACCAUCAACAUCAAUUAAACCUUGUGCAGGAACUAAUGGUACAUUGAUUGUAAUUGAAGAUCUUUUUUAUAAUAAUCCAAUACGUUUAAAAAUGAUUAAAUCAUCUUCAGAAGAAUAUACUCCUAUGGUUAAUAUUGUAAUAAAAAUGGCUUUACGUAAUAUUCAUGUAUCAUUUUCCCUUAAAGGUGAUACACAAAUUGAAUCUGAUGUUCAUACAAAUGGAAAAGAAACAACAACAAUUUAA